AUGAAUCACAGCAUUGUGACAGAAUUCAUGAUUCUGGGCCUCACCAGAAAUCCUGAAAUCCAAGGAAUUCUCUUUGUCGUUUUUCUUUGUAUCUACCUUUUGGCUUUUCUUGGCAAUAUGCUCAUUGUCAUUGUGAUAAUUUACAACAAUACUUUGCAUACUCCAAUGUAUGUUCUUCUUCUGGCAUUGGCUAUUGUGGACAUCAUCUGCACAACAACUAUUAUACCCAAGAUGUUGUGGAUCAUGCUCACAUCACAAAAGACCAUCUCAUAUAGGGGCUGCAUGUCCCAGCUGUACUUCUUUACAUGGUCUCUUGGGGCUGAGAUGGUUCUUUUUACUGCCAUGGCAUAUGACCGCUAUGUGGCCAUCUGCUUCCCCCUUCACUAUAGCACUAUUAUGAACCGAUGUAUGUGUGUGGCCUUGCUCAGCAUUGUCAUGGCUAUUGCAGUAACCAAUUCCUGGGUGCACACUGGUCUCAUUCUGAAGCUCAACUUCUGUGGGCCCAAUGCCAUUGACCACUUCUUCUGUGAAAUACCUCCCCUGCUAGCUUUGUCCUGCAGCCCUGUACGACUCAAUGAGGUAAUGGUGUAUGUUGCUGAUAUCAUCCUGGCCGUAGGUGAUUUUACUCUGACUUGCAUCUCCUAUGGUUUUAUUAUUGCUGCUAUUCUUGCAAUCCGCACAGCAGAAGGCAAGAAGAAAGCUUUUUCAACAUGUUCAUCCCACCUCAUAGUAGUUUCACUUUAUUAUUCUCCUGUAAUUUACACCUAUAUCCGCCCUGCUUCAAGUUACACAUUUGACAAAGAUAAGGUGGUAGCUGUGCUUUAUACUCUUGUGACACCUACAUUAAACCCAAUUGUGUAUAGUUUCCGCAACAAGGAGAUGCAGGCUGGGAUUAGGAAAGUGUUUGCUUCUCUGAAACAUUAG